GUUAUAGAUUAUUUUAAAUAAAUUUGCUCUUGGUGCUUCGUGCUUUAACCGAGCAGCACAAAAAUACCCAUAAUCGCUUUGAUACUUACACUCAUAACGGCAGUUUAUACAGAUCUUUGUUUCGAAAAGGUUUUAAAGUGAAAAGCUUGUGGAUAGGAAAUCCAUUAAAAUGCCAUCCAUUGAAAUUAAGCACGAUUUAGAUCUUGACUCUGAAUUACCAGAGCAAUUUCAAAAGAUCGCUAUAGAACAGGGCGAAUGUGAAGAUACAAAACACCAGAUUAUAGAUGAUUUCCGUAAACAUAUCUUGGAACAAGACGGCUGCAGACCUCACCGAACGGAUGAUGUGUAUUUGCAGAAAUUUUUACGUGCGCGCUUUUGGCGUAUUGAUGACAGUUAUCAAUUGAUGGUUAAUUAUUACAAAUUUCGUGGACAAAAUAAAACAUAUUAUGAAAAGGUGCGACCGUUGGAACUGAAGAGUUUAGGCGAUGAGGAUAUUAUAUCAGUAACACCAUAUCGAGACCAAACGGGACAUCGUAUUUUAAUCUAUCGUUUUGGCGCAUGGAAACCGAAUAAAAUCAGCGUUGAUGACAUCUUUCGUGCGACUAUCAUUCUGCUAGAAUUGGGAUCUCUAGAGCCGAUAGCACAAGUGGUUGGCGGUGUGGGCAUAUUUGACUUAAAAGAUCUGAGUUUGAAUCAUAUAUUUCAUUUAAGCCCAAGCGUGGCACAAAAGAUGAUUGCUUUGCUGGUGACGUCAAUGCCUGUGCGGACUGCAGCCUUGCAUAUUGUGAAUCAAAAUUGGGCAUUUAAUGCGGCUUACAAUAUUUUUAAACCAUUCUUAAACUCUGCAAUGAAAGAGCGUUUGUUCAUACAUGGUUCGGAUAUGAAGUCUCUUCAUAAGCACAUAAGCCCAGAUCAUUUACCUAAAAGGUACGGUGGUGUGCACGAUGAUUAUCCUUAUCAACUAUGGCUGGACAAUUUGACUGAUAAUGAGAGAGUACAUAUUGAGCUAGGUCAAUUAGGAUACAUAUUUUAACAGUUCUAUUCUGUGCACUUGACAAAAUAACAAAAAAGUUUAAAAUUUUUUCAGAUUUUUAUCAAGUAAGAACGUUUUUGGUAUUCUGUGACAAUUUUGAUAAAAUAAAAAGCUUCAGUACGCAUAGCUUUUCCCCACACGUGUGGGAAACAAAAUAAUGUAAACAGAAACAGCUGAUUCUGUCCAAUUAUAUUCGAAUUGAAUUGAAAAAUUGAUUUGAAUUAUUUUUUAACGUAAGUUUUCAAAUACAUUUCAAUAUUUGUUGCAAAAUAGUUAAUAAUUUAACUUCAAUUUCACAAUAAAUCCAUUGCUUUUGGUCUAGACUUUUCUUAGGGUGCGCAAAUAUUCCAUGCUCCGAAUCAGGGAGUGCCGCGCGUAAAUAAAGUUGAUUGAUAACCAAAUGGCACAGCCUAUAUAUUCACUUUUCCAUCCCAGAUCCUCCAUAGUCUUUUGCUCCCUCGCAAAGCCGUUGAAUACUUCAUAAUAUAAUACAUAUACAUAUGUCCUUUAUAAUAUAUUUAAAACUGUUUGGAAUGCAAGUUUGAUUUAGUUGGUUGUUAUGUUUUGCUUCAGAAAAGUUCCUUGGGGACUACGAAAUCUAAACUUUGUUCUUUGUUGGCAAAAAUUUGCUAAGCUGUAAUCGCAUGCAAUAUAUAGAAAACCAUUUCGUCAAUGUUACCCUCAUUAUCCUCAUUUUUUUAUACAAAAAACGGCAAAAUAAACUUCUUAAUAUAUUAUAAAAACGGCUCAAUAACGCGAGCCAUCCACAUGUUCAUAUUUUUCCUCUUUGUAUAAAACUAACGACAAAAGUAAGAUAUCUCCAUUGCAACAAAUACACUUUCACAACUAUCCACAGCGAGAUAUUUUAUUUGUCAAGAGCAUUUUACUUCUUAACAACUUAUAAAGAAAAGAGCUUUUUAUUUUAGACACAGAAUACGAAAUGCUUGAUAAAUUUAAAUUUUUUACAAAUUAGAAAUUUGUUGAAUUUGUAAAGUGCACAGAAUAGGGCUGUAAGUGUACAUUAAAUGUUUUUCUACUGUUUAUAUAUAUAUAUAUACAUGUGUAAUUUUACUUAAUUUACAACUUUUAUUUUCUGAAAGAAUAAGACAACAAUCAAAUAAA